AGGCCGGUCUCUGGUGUCCCUAAAGAGGCUACACACGGAGAAUAUGUGGACAGCUGCGGUCCACGACUGGGCCUAUCCCGGCUUGUGACAUCACACGUAGGGCCUACAAUAAAAGGCACACAAAUGCCUACAACCGGUUUGUGCGAAUAUUUCGUUUUGGGGGGGGCCAACUUUAGGCUAUUAGUUUGUGGGCUUAUGACUUUGGUUGUCAUGGAAAUAUGAAGGGGACACCUAGGCCUAUUUGGUCGUCAUUGUGUCCUGCGCAUCACUGUGGACUCGCUGACACCAUGUCGGAUGGAGAAAGGCGAGCGACGGAGGCGGUUUUCACUCAGCUACAAAAAGGAGAUAUUUUUGUCGACGCAGGUUCGUCUGGGCCUGACGAUAUUUUCUCGGAGGACUGCUACUCUCCGUCCUCCGUCUCCCCGUCCUCCUCUGCUUCCCUGCAGGGGAAAACCCUGUGCACCUCCUGCGGCCUGGAGAUAGUGGACAGAUACCUCCUUAAGGUGAACAACCUUUGCUGGCAUGUGCGCUGCCUCUCAUGCAGUAUAUGUAACACAUCACUGGGGCGACACGUGAGCUGCUACAUCAAGGAUAGACAAGUGUUCUGCAAACUUGACUAUUUCAGAAAAUAUGGGACCCGCUGCGCUCGUUGUGGCCGUAACAUCCAUUCCACUGACUGGGUGCGUCGGGCACGAGGCAGCACCUUCCACCUGGCCUGUUUCUCCUGCACCUCUUGUAAGCGCCAGCUGUCCACUGGGGAGGAAUGUGGACUACUAGAGAACAGGGUCUUCUGCAGGCCACACUAUGAUAUUAUGAUGGAAAAUAUCAAACAUGCUAAGGAAAAUGAGCAACCAAAUGUAGAGGAAGAGGUGGCAGAGAAAGAGGAGUCCAGCACCAUGCCCAGACCUGCUAAGAGGGCCAGGACCAGCUUCACUGUUGACCAGUUACAGGUAAUGCAAACUCAGUUUGCUAAAGAUAACAACCCAGAUGCCCAGACUCUCCAGAAACUGGCAGAGAGGACCGGACUGAGCCGCAGAGUUAUUCAGGUUUGGUUUCAGAACUGUCGAGCUCGUCAAAAGAAAUACAUCAGCCCAAAUUCUACCUUGAUGACAUCAUUUGCUCCUGGUCAGCUGACACCACCUUUAAUGGAAGAUCUGCAAUACACAACCUAUAUGUCCCCAGAUGCACCCCUCCUCACUACACUGACUUAUAUGGAUGUCCAAACUCCAGACCCGCUUUUGCUUCAGCCACUUAUAUCCCAUUCGCUGACACAACUGCCAGUGAGCCAUGCCUGAGCUACAGCCCGCCUCUCAAACUGAAGACAAUGAUUGGCUGAUGGGGAGAUGAAGAACAUAUCAUUACUCUUUGAUUGCUACUGUCCAAAAUGACAGCAGUUUGAUUAAACAAUUAGUUUAAUUUCCACUGCCUGUGUGAGCAGACAACUGAAAAAUCAACUCAUGAAUUUCAUCUAAUCCUAUAGAUUCACAUGUGAGAAUGUUUUGACAGUUGAAAAUGUCAAAAACAAAUAUAUGCCUAUGGGUAUAUGUGAGAUGAAAUUUUUGUUAAUAUGUAUAUGUUAUGCAUUUUUGUAUUUAAUUUAUUUGGAGAAUAUGAGAUAAGGCACUUUGUUGGAGAAUUAUGUUAAACUGAGUAUCAAUUUGGUUGUCAGUUGUUUAUUUAAGGAUGUUUGAGGAUAAUAAAAUUAUCAGUUGGGCACUCACAAGAGAUAAUAUUGUUUCUCUUCUGUAAAGACUACUAUAUUUUUAUUUUUUGGGGAUUUGGUUUAUAUUGCAAAUGAAAAGCAUUGGCGAUCAUACAUAGAUUCUCCUGCUCCUUGCUGUGUUGGCAGAGAAUUCGGACCGUUCUCCACUUGCAGUGCCCACGUCUGUUCUCAAAACAUCCACAUUUCCUAAGAUGCUUUUCACUAGAGCAUGUGUUUAGCACAGAAAGGCAAUACAAUGUAUGACUGUAUGAACUGCACACUGGGGUUUAGAUGUUUGAAAUGCUGGAAAUUAAAGUUCAUGGCUGCAACAAGAAGCUUAA